UACGCGAUUUGACAGUACAUGGCGCGUAUGAAUAUUACCAUAGAGAGUGUGAACAUUUAGAAUACAACAAAAUUUUAUUCUUGAUUUCAUUUUUCCGUUUAAUUUUUUCGGUUUGACUCGUUGUUUGAUCAAUUAAAAUUUGCAUCCAGUUCAUUUAUUUGCUAUACAAGUGAUUCGGACGUAAUCCAAAACCAUCGAAUUUGCCGUUGGAAAUAUGGCAUCGAGUAGUAAAUCAGAUGCACUGAAAUCAUGGGAAAAAUCGGGCAAAUCUGAAAUUACAAAGUAUUUGAAGAGUUUAGCGAAGAGCAACGAGAAUCCAUUUUUCCUUGGCAACGAUGGUAAAAAUCCAAUUUUCCGCUAUAUUUACGAUUUACUUCAUGACGGCAUUAGAGGUGUCACAAAAAAAGAUGUCGUUUCCACUAUUCUCGCUGACAUAGCGGAAAUGCACACUGAUAUGCCGUCCGUGAUUCUUGACAUUAUUGCUAUUUUCGAUGCUGAAACAUCAAAUGGGCUUGGUGAUAAUUCAACACAAGAAGAACGUAUUGUAUUUUGUGAAAUUGUGAAGAAAGUGGAAGAGUUUCUGUCGGAUAAAUUGCUGAAAGAACGUCUCGAUAUUGAUACACUGCAAGAGGCGGGCAUAAUUAAAACACAAAAUAAUGUUAAUAACUUUUAUCAGCGGUUUAUCAAAGUUAAAACAAAACUCUAUUACAAACAGAGGCGAUUCAACUUGUUUCGCGAGGAGAGCGAAGGUUAUGCAAAGUUAAUUGCAGAAUUAAAUCACGAAACUAUUGAACAUACUUCCGUAAAUAAAAUUUUGGAAAUCAUCAAAUCAUUGAUUGGUUGUUUCAAUCUCGAUCCCAAUCGCGUUCUGGACAUCACAUUAGAAUCAUUCGAAACUCGACCGGAGCAACAUCGUCUAUUCAUCGAAUUGCUCCGAUCGUAUAUGCCAAAUGCCAAUGUCAUUUGUGAAAUUUUGGGCUACAAAUACCGUUAUUUCCAUGAUACAGAAACGCCACGUUCUCUCUAUAUUAUAACGGCGCUAUUGUUGCAAUGCGGUUUGAUUCGUUUAGAUGAUAUUUACGUUUGGCUGAGCCCAACGGAUCGUAGUUUGCAAACAGAAUGGGAACAGGAGAUUGAUGACGCAAAAGAAUACGUCCGAAAGUUGAAUGUUAUUUCAACGAAUAAAGACAAAGAAAUAGAGAUUGAUGAUGAAAAAGAUGAUUUUGAGGAUAAUUAUGAGUUCAAUCAAAAAUGGAAUUUAUGUGAGGCACUCUUAACAGUUGGCGACUGGAAAACGGCACAAACCUUAAUCGAUAAAUUGCCCGAACAAUCUGUGAUUGUGAAAGAGCCAGUUGCAAAAGCAUUAGCUUGUCUUAUACAUCAUGUUAUCGAUCCGGUUUAUAUGAAAAUGAAAAAUCGUCAACCACGUGCACCGAUCCCAUACCAAAAUGUUUUAUCCGUACCAAAAGCCACAUCAAUACUCGAAUUACGUGAAAAUGCAUUCGCAAUGGCAACAAAAUUAGGACCAGCACUACAUCAUGAUCCGAUUCUAUUGUACAAAUUGAUUCGCAUUAUGAAUGCCAUCCUGACGGAUAUGAAAGUCGAUGCGAAUACCGGCCCAAAGACUGAAAGUGAUCAUCUACUUUAUUUCGAUUGUAUCACAUUGAUUGAUGCAUCAGUUUUACCAGCACUUUCGUAUAUGGAUUGUAAUUGUUGCAUUGCCGAAGAGAUUUGGUCGAUCAUUAAAAUUUUCCCAUACCAUCACCGAUACAGUUUGUACGCACGAUGGAAGAAUGACACGUAUUUGAUUCAUCCGAAAUUGAUUCGGCGUCGCGGUUUGGCACAAAAACAAAUCAAAGCGCUGAUGAAACGUGUUAGCAAAGAAAAUGUCAAACCAGUCGGUCGAUCCAUCGGCAAAUUGAGUCAUUGUUCACCGGGAUUUUUGUUUGAUUACAUCUUGAAACAAAUUCAAAUCUACGACAAUCUUAUUGGUCCCGUUGUUGAUUCACUUAAGUAUUUAACGUCAUUAUCUUACGAUGUACUCGGCUAUUGUUUGAUUGAAGCACUUGCUCUGGCCGAUCGAAAUCGUUUCAAACUUGAUGGUACAUCACUUUCAAUGUGGCUACAAGGCUCCGCCAAUUUUUGCGGUUCAAUUUAUAAAAAGUACAAUAUUGAGUUGAGCGGUCUAUUACAAUACGUGGCCAAUCAAUUGAAAGCACACAAAAGUUUGGAUUUGUUAAUUUUGAAAGAGGUUUGUCAGAAGAUGACCGGUGUUGAUGCAUCCGAAGAAAUGACAACUGAACAACUCGAAGCAAUGGCUGGCGGUGAACUACUUCGUAAUGAGGCUGGCUAUUUUGGUCAAGUUCGUAAUACCAAAAAAUCUUCGCAACGAUUAAAAGAUGCGCUUGCCAGCAAUGAUUUAGCCGUUACACUAUGUUUAUUGAUGGCACAACAAAAACAUUGUGUUGUUUAUCGUGAAACGGCCGACAAUCAUUUGAAAUUAGUUGGAAAAUUAUACGAUCAAUGUCAGGAUACACUUGUGCAAUUUGGCACAUUUUUAGGUUCAUCAUAUUCAGUAGAUGAAUACAUGGAGCGUUUUCCAUCGAUACAUGACAUGUUACAAGUCUAUCACAUUCAUACUGAAGUCGCAUUCUUCUUGGCUCGACCAAUUUUUGCUCAUCAAAUCUCGCAAAAGUACGAUCAACUCCGGAAGGCAGAUACUAGUGUUAAAAAGUUGUCAACAGCACAAAAACAAGAAAAGUAUUUAGAAGCAACGUCGGCAAUCAUUCAACCCAUUGUCGAAUCGGUUCGUUUGAUUCAUCCGAUGAAAGUGUGGGAAGACAUUAGUCCACAGUUUUUGGUUACAUUCUGGUCACUUGCCAUGUAUGAUCUGGAAGUGCCGAACAAAAGUUACGAACGUGAAAUUCAAAAAUUGAAAAAGCAAUCUUUGUCCGUAGAGCUGGGCUCAUCGAAGAGUCGCAAAGAACAAGAGCGAUAUGUUGCAUUGAUGGAAAAGUUACAAGAUGAACGAAAGAAACAGCAAGAACAUGUCGAUAAAAUCAAACAUCGCUUAAACUUCGAGAAAGAUCAAUGGUUCCUGUCCCGAUCGGCCAAGUCUGCCAAAAAUGAAACCAUCACUCAAUUCCUUCAACUUUGUUUAUUCCCAAGAUGCACCUUUACCGCACCGGAUGCAAUGUAUUGCGCCAAGUUCGUCCAUUUGAUUCACACGCUGAAGACGCCAAAUUUUUCGACACUUCUUUGUUAUGACAGAAUAUUCUGUGAAAUUGCUUAUUCAGUAACAUCAUGUACUGAAAAUGAGGCAACACGUUAUGGUCGCUUUUUAUGUGCUAUGCUCGAAACAGUAAUGCGAUGGCAUUCAAGUCAGGCAACAUUUGAAAAAGAAUGUGCCAGCUACCCAGGAUUUGUGACAAAAUUCCGUAUAAGUAAUCAGGAAAAGUCCUCUAAUUUACAGUGUUCAGCUGAUGAUCAUGUUGGUUACGAAAACUUCCGUCACGUGUGUCACAAAUGGCACUACAAAAUCACGCGUUCCACUGUUGAGUUACUUCAAUCAAAAGACUACAUGCAAAUUCGAAAUGCGCUCAUUAUUCUCAUGCGAAUACUUCCGAAUUUUCCCGUUCUAUCAAAAUUGUCACAGAUUCUGGAAAAGUAUGUGAACAAAGUGAUCGAAGAGGAAAAAAACCAACGUCAAGAUCUCUUUGUAUUGGCCACAAGUUACAUUGGACAAUUGAAGAAUAAGGCGGUUGAUAUGAUGAAAGAGGCUGAUUUCCAUCAAGUCUCCGACAAACCGGUGAAAAAUGCGCAAGAAACAACAAAAGUGGUAAAUGGCAAUGGUACUGCCACCUCUGGAAAGCACGAAAGCAAUCAUGUUACCCGAACAGAAACAAAAGAAGUCUCCGAACGUACUGAAAAACGAUCAACAGCCACAACCACAUCAUCAUCGUCAUCGACCUCAACAAAUUCCGUUUCGAUUAAGCAAACCAAUAGUUCGUCGAGUAAUAAUUCGGAGAAAGAAGUGCGCAAAGAAAAUAAGGAGCGCGAAGAACGCGAACCAAGAGGUCGUGAGAGAGAACGUGAACGUGACUCCACCGAAAAAGUAAUUAUGAUAAAAGAGAAAAAUUCAUCGAAAGACUCGAAACGUGAUAAAGACGAUGGGGAAAUUCGAAAACGCGAUCGAGCCGAAAAACGAGAUAGAAGUGAUCGGGAUCGAGAUCGUAAAUAUUACAGUCCAGUUUCACCUGCCUAUCAUCCAAAUGACCGUUCGAAUGCUGAUGGUGCAGCAUCACCGGAAUACACAACAGCAUCACCAAUGUAUGUAUCACAAAAUGAAUUGAAUCGCUUUCAUCCCGAUACAUAUGAUGAACGAGAACGCGAUAGAGAUCUCAGCUCGAUAUCGAAUUCAAGCAAAGGUUCAAACAAUCGACGCAGUCAAGAUUCACCAGACGAACGAGAAGGCGCUAAACGACGCAGAGUUGAAAGUUUAAAAAAAAACAAUGACGACGUGAUAAUCAAUGUGGACGAAAGCAGUAAGCGUGAACGCUCAAAUAAGUCGGAACGUUCAAAGGAAAAACGGGAAAAAUCCACGUACGAUGAAAUCGAAAUGCGCAAAGAACCAAGCAAACGAAGCAGCCGCAAGCGAAACCUUUGAGCAAAUCGAAUACCAUGAAAAUUUGCAUUUGUAAACUAUCAUUUUCAUUUUAACGAGAACGUUGUUUCUUCUUCUUUCAAAUUCUUUUGAUAUGUGAAAACAAAGGAAACAAUAAAAAAACAACAACAAAA